ACCACUGAACCUUCCAGAAAAAUCUGCUUUGGCAAAACUGUCAGAGGAUCCAUUUUGUAUCCGAGUGUUAAUUAUCUGAGGCAAUUCUAAGAGCAAGACCUAUUUGAGUUAUGUACUUUUUUGUGUUAUUUGGGGCUUAUAAUUAGUUGUACUCUUUGAGAAUAUAAAUGUGUUACCCAGUUCAUUACCUUCAGAUGGACUGAAGAAUGUCAGUGGCUCUUCUGCAAAUUUGUACAGCAUUGUUCAGUAAAUGAUCCAGGAAUCUGCACGCCUUGCGCUAUGGGGUAUUACAUGUUUGAUCACCAUUGUUAUAAACUCUGUCCUGAGAAGACCUACAGUAAGGAACUGGAAUGCAAGGCAUGCAACAGUAACUGCGGCAGCUGUGACCAGAAUGAGUGUUACUGGUGUGAAGAGGGCUUCUUUCUCUUGGGUGGCAGCUGUGUGAGGCAAUGUGGCCCUGGCUUCUAUGGUGACCAAGAAAUGGGAGAAUGUGGGCCCUGCCACCGAGCGUGCGAAACCUGCUCAGGCCCUGGCCGUGAUGAGUGCAGCAGCUGCCCAGAAGGACUGCAGCUGCUGCAUGGGAUGUGUGUGCAUGCCACCCAGACCCAGGCAGAGGGCAAAUUCUGGAAUGGUAUGUGCCUCCCAAACAGAGAUCACAGGGUCUGUGCGUGUGGGCAUCUCUGGCCCAAGGAAGAAUUUUACAGCAAAACCCCCUCUCUAGAAAAAAAAUACAAACAUUAAUCAGGCAUGGUGGUGCACACCUGUAAUCCCAGCUACUUGGGAGGCUGAGGCAGGAGAAUCACUUGAACCUGGGAGGCAGAGGUUGCAGUGAGCCAAGAUCACACCACUGCACUCCAGCCUGGGCAACAAGAGCAAAACUCCAUCUCAAGAAGACAAAACAACACAACAAAAAACUCUGCAUAGAUAUAUGUAAAGAGAUUAAAUUAGGGUGGUGAAGAUGAAUAUAUCAUGAAAGAAACGAUGUCUUCUUCCUCUAGGUUUGCUCACCAUUGUUAUCAAACCUAUCCUGAGAAGACCUAGGGCAGGGGUCUAGCUGCCUGCUCUGCUUUCCUCAUUCUAUAACCCUGGUUUUUUAGUUAUCCAGGAGAGAAAGGCUGUGCAGAGAAGAAAGUUGGGGUCAUUUCUGAGUCUCUCUGAUGCUUGUGGCAGGAGUGGGUAGGAAGCUGAGGUUGGCAUUCAGCCAGCAGAGAGAGCCCAAAGGGCAAUUUAUGAUUGGUCUAUCCUAUCUGGAUGAAGUAGGCCCAGAAGGGAAAGACUCAAUUCUAUCACAGGCAUGUAUCUUCUUACUACAGUAAAAGGAAACUUUACCUGUAGGGUAGGCUUUUCCAGUUAGACAAGGAAGAACUGCUCGAAUGUGUUAGAAUUUAUGCUAAAAACAGAUGGUCUCUGUGGCUGAGUUCUUAGAGCUCACCAUCGUUCAAGCUUGCCUUUGAAAGAUGCUCUUCCCAGUUGCAGACAGGGAAUGUGUGGAGCUUCUGAGGAGGGAGUGGAGGGCACAGGUGUGGGAGCUUGGGAUCCAACAGCAAAGCCCUGCAGCUGCUCGUUCCUCCCCAAGUCUUUAGAACAUGCCUCCUCAUACUUGAGCCUCGGUUGUAGGCUUCCUUGCAAGGUAAUUACAAACUUUCAGCCACCUCCCCAUGUUGGAGGUGGUUACAAAACAAAAUCCUCUCCCUGCUGGAAGAAUCUGACUCAUGUUCUAUGCAGAGACAACUCACAAAAACAGGAGCUGCUCUUCAUUUGAUUUCAAGGUAGGAAUUUGUUAAAAGCAUCACCGGUGCAGAGGCAAUGGCAGUGAAAAGAGGGCUGCACAGGAGGAGUAUGCUAAAGGCCUGGGGGAGUGACAGUUCUGUGGCUUUUGCCGGGCUUGAGAGGAGGUGUGCCCAUGGCUGCCAUCUACCACCGCAGUUUUAUGGAAGAGCAGCUCAGAGACCGUCGAAACCCCAGCAGCCGAAGGCCAGGGAGAACACGGGCCCUAUUUCAGAGACAUAGCUGGAGAUUAUUCAAUGCAGAUUGGGAUAUCUUCUGUGAGUUAUAGCUGAACCAAAAUGCUGAAAAUGAGUUUGUCUGGCAUUCAGGCAUUUUAGAGGUGGUGCAAGCCAAGAGGAAAAUGGUCUGGUGCUGUGUUUCUUGCUGAACAUCUGUAUUUUAUCUGGCAUCCAGACGAUGACACGGUCCAAGGAGCCAAGAGUUAGAGCGGCCUUGAUUCCCCAAAUGAUUUCAUGUCCCUUCAACUGGACUACGCAUUUUGCAAGCAGAAACCAGGCUUCAGUGGUUCCCUUUUGUCAAAGCACCACGCCCACCCUCCACAUUUUCUACUAUCACAAUGUAAUGUUUUUGAAGAGAGGGAGGAAUUAGUGCAUUUGGGGAUUUUUCGCUAAUAGGGGAUUGGGGACAGAGAUGAGAGUGUUUCUCAUGGCUGAACAAAAACAAUCAAGUCAAUGACAAAGCUGUACUUUCCCAUUCCUAUGAUCUAUGAAAUAAGACAUGCAGACCAUUAACACAGAGAAGAAGCCAUUUAUUCACUAAGCAAGGUAAAGCUAUAGCUCAGCUUCCCCCAGCAUUGUUUCAGCACUGAAAUGGAUAGUAAAUGGGAAGUGCAUUCCAUAAAGUCCUGGGAGUAUUUGAGCCAAUGCCUACAACCUUCUCCUGACUUCUUUUUCUUAAAAAACAGGAUCGAGAGUGUAACAGGAGAGUAGAGGGUUCCAGAGAGCAAGCACUAAUUAUCCACACCUUUAAGAGGACGGAAAGCAGAUUGCAGUCACCCUGGGUCAUCUCAGAGGACACCCAGGCAAAUUACAGAGUGCUUUUGAGAGGAUAUAGCUGCCCAGGUGGUACCAGCACAUUUUUCUGUUUUUCUUUGGGUUUUGUUUUGUUUUUCAAACAGAUUCAGGUUAAGGUAGAAAAGGUAAGAUGACACACACUUCAGUCUAUUCUUUCGCUCAUGCUGCUCCCCAGUGGAAACAAAAAGAUCUUGUUUGCAUCUGAAGACCACGAGCAAAUCCAUGAACAUCUAUCAGCACAGGCAAGGAAGACAGCCUUGAAAUAAAAGUCCAGCUAGAAUUCCCUGCCCUCCUCUCUUAAUAAGGUGGCUGAUCAGGAUGAGAAUGUCUACAGUGAGAGAGCCACCAUUCUUUGCCAACUACCAACAAAGUGGGAAUACCUCCCACCUAGUCCAAGGACGCAGAUUCUUCCAGCUAUGAGACAGUGCCUGAAAAAUCCUCCAGCUCAGGCUAAGUAAUCAAAGAUGGGGCUGGACUCUCUUGUUCUUUCAGCCACCAAAAAGUCACUGCACAAAUGUACAGAUCAUCCCCAGACCCUCUCUCCUGAUCACAAGUAUAUUGUGACAAUUAUUUAGUGCCCCUAAGUGGCAGGAAUAAAACCAGUAUUCAACAGGCUGCAAGCAGCUUCAGCAGUGA